AUGAUGAGCACGGGUGCCUUCAUACCCUCCAGCGACGUGCUGGGGCGGUAUGGACACUGGCGGGCACCUGACCCGCUGAAGGCCACGCAGAUUCUGCGUGCUGAGAAUGCGCACCACGACUUCUUUGAUGUCUGGUCAGCCAAGCUGCGGGACCUGAAAGAGUUUGGUAUUGGACAUCUGCUCUACUUCCAUUUCCUUCAGUGGAUGUCGGUGCUCUUUGUGGUGUUGUUUUUGCUGGUGGGGGUCCCCCAGAUGCUCAUCAACACCCAGGGCAAGUAUUAUGCUUCCGAGGAUGGCGGCCUGAAGCUGACGACGCUGGGCAACUUUGGGCGCGUCUCGAUCGCACACAACCAUGACGGCGCAGCGGACGUCAGGGUGGCGGACGCGCUGUUCCUGCGGGAGCGCAACGUCACGCUGGCAUUCCUGUCCGACGCCGGCCGGCGCGCCGCGGAGCACCCCUUCAACAAGGGCCACGCAAUCGUGGCCAUGUCCAUCCUAGAUACUGCCGGCGCCGUGGUCUUCUUCCUGGUCACCCUGAUACUUAUCCUUGUCAGCCGCAGGCUGUGCGCCGAGGCAAGCAUCACAGUUUAG